CGAGGCGGGGAGGGGACAAGGAUGCUCCGGGGGUGGCUUUUUGCUUCCUCGCCUGCCCGGAGCUCGCAGGGGCUCGCCUGGAGGAUGUCUCACCCCCUCGGCACAGGUGUCACUGCCGGGGCGAGUUCAGAGCAUGCUGCUGAGGGCCACCCCCAGGAGGUUCCUGGAGCAACACCUUCUCUUCGCGGAGAGCGCAGAGCGGCAGCCCCCGGCUCGGGAAUCGCUCCCGAAUCCAUUCAUGACUGAGGAACCCCCAGCCGAGCCGGACCUGCCGCCCUCCAACCUGACCAACGCCACGGACUGCGGCGAGGAGAUCCUGCUCUAUGGGGACACCGAGAAGGUCGUCAUCGGGGCCGUGCUCUCCAUCAUCAUCCUCAUGACCAUCGCCGGCAACGGGCUCGUCAUCAUCUCCGUGUGCAUCGUCAAGAAGCUCCGCCAGCCCUCCAACUACCUGGUGGUGUCCCUGGCGGCCGCAGACCUGUCGGUGGCCUUCGCCGUCAUGCCCUUCGUCACCAUCACGGACCUGGUGGGGGGAGAGUGGCUCUUUGGGAAGGUGUUUUGCAACGUCUUCAUCGCCAUGGACGUCAUGUGCUGCACGGCCUCCAUCAUGACCCUGUGCAUCAUCAGCGUGGACAGGUACCUGGGCAUCACUCGCCCGCUGACGUACCCGGUGAGGCAGAACGGGAAGCUCAUGGCCAAGAUGGUCUUCAUCGUUUGGCUGCUGUCUGCCUCCAUCACCCUCCCUCCCCUCUUCGGCUGGGCCCAGAACGUCACGGUGGAGAGGGUGUGUCUCAUCAGCCAGGACUUCGGCUACACCGUGUACUCCACGGGGGUGGCCUUCUACAUCCCCAUGGCCGUGAUGCUCGUCAUGUACAGCCGCAUCUACAAGGCGGCCAAGGUGAGCGCCGAGAAGCACCGCUUCAUGAACUUCCCCAAGCACUACGAGGAGGAGGGAGUCUACUGCCUGGAGGCCUCCAGCCGGGGCCACCACAGCUCCCGGCGGACCAAGGCGGCGGAGGAGUGCGCCACGCUCUCCAAGCUGCUCCGGCAGGACAGGAAGAACAUCUCCAUCUUCAAGCGGGAGCAGAAGGCGGCCAGGACCCUCGGGAUUAUCGUGGGGGCCUUCACCUUCUGCUGGCUGCCCUUCUUCCUGAUGUCCACGGCCCGGCCGUUCAUCUGCGGAGUGCGCUGCAGCUGCAUCCCGCUGCGGCUGGAGAGGACUCUGCUCUGGCUGGGCUACACCAACUCCCUCAUCAACCCCCUCAUCUACGCCUUCUUCAACAGGGACUUGAGGACUACUUUCUGGAACCUCCUGAGGUGCAGGUACAGGAACAUCAACAGGAGGCUCUCGGCCGCCAGCAUGCACGAGGCCCUGAAAGCCACAGAGAGGCACGAGUGCAUCCUGUAGAGCCACGUCCUCUCUCCCAGUGCCUGACCGACCGGCUCCUGCCUCUCCAUUUCAGGUUUCCUUGCUUCUCCCACCC